AUAUUUUGAACCAUGUUCUCUAGAACAUGCUAGAAGUUUUUUGGUACUGCAGAGAUCCUAGAAACAAAAAGAUGUCAGCGCGACAUUGACUCAGUGUGUACUAGUCACUCGCAAACGUUGGUUCAAGUUUACGUAUCAACGUAUUUGUAAUUGUAUACAACGUGUGCAAUAAAAUUAAAAUAGAAUAAAGUUAGAAAUGUCGCAGGAAGAAAAUUUAUUGCAUUGCUAUAAUCGUGGCUGUGGAAAGAAAUUUGAUCCGAAUAAUAAUAAGGAAGGCGAUUGUAUUUAUCAUCCUGGAUAUCCGGUAUUUCACGAUGCUUAUAAAGGUUGGUCUUGUUGUAAUAAAAAAUGCACAGAUUUUACAGAAUUUUUAAAUAUUAAGGGCUGUGCAAAAUCAUGUCAUUCAAAUAUCAAACCAGCAGAGCCAGAAAAACCUGUUGUUGAUAAAUCAAAAUCAAAUGAAGUGAUUCAAAUGAUUACUCAACCUCUUAAUAAUAAACCUGCUUUACAAAGGCCUUCUUUUGAAACUCUACAAGUUGUUUUAAUACCAAAUGUGUCACCUACUUUAUUAGAACAAAUUAAAGGAUUAACUUGUAAUAUAUCAGAAAAUAUAUGUGAAAGUAAAGUACAAAUUGGACAAAGCUGUAAGAAUAAUUCAUGUAAAGCUAUAUAUAAUGGUUCUGCAUCUGAUGAUGAAAUAUGUAAUCAUCAUCCUGGUACUCCUAUCUUCCAUGAAGGAAUGAAAUAUUGGUCUUGUUGUCAAAAGAAAACUACAGACUUCUCUAUAUUCUUGGAGCAACCAGGAUGUACACAAGGAAAACAUAUAUGGAUUUCUAAGACUGGCAAAAGAGUUAAAUGCAGAAUGGAUUGGCAUCAAACAGGAUCGUUUGUUGUAGUUUCAAUCUAUGCAAAGAAAUACCAACCAGAUCAAUCAUCUAUUAAAUUGAAUCCUAUAAGAUUAACUGUGGAUUUGCUUUUUAUAGAGGAAAAUUCUAGAUAUAAUCUUGAUUUAGAAUUAAGAGGAAUUGUUGAUAUUACCCAAAGCAGUGUUAAUAUGCUUCCUACUAAAGUAGAAAUUAAAUUAAAGAAAGCAGAACCCGGGUCAUGGGCAAAACUGGAUUUUGCUAGAAUAACUGAAGAAGAAACUGAAGAAAAUGGUCAAAAUGAUGAAAAUAUUAGUGCACAAGUUGAAGCAGUGGAUCUUAGUGAUCUUUAAACAUUCAUACCUAAAUAAUUCAUUAGGAUAGGAUAACAUUGUAAAUUAUGUACCUACGUUAUUUUUAAGGAUAAUACUUUUAUUUAAAGAAGUAUUUUUUAAUAUUGACACAAUUAUUUCCAAGAGAAUGAAUAUUUAAUAUUCAUUUCAUUAUUUUCAUAAUAAAAAACUAUUUAAAAAUAUUAUUAAAAUUUAUAUUUAAAAGAAAUAUAGAAGAAAUAUAGAAUCUUUA